GCACCCCGCACCCGUAGAACGUCACGCCCACGGAGAGAACUAGCUGUCAGCCAUGGAAGAGAACGACGCACAGCCAACGCUGCAGGUGUCACCCGGUGCACUGCUGUCCGACCAACCACGUUCGAAAGAAGGCAAACGAGAAAAGAGGAAGGGGGGAGGACUAUCCCUAGGGCGAACCAAGCCGCGGGACUCGGCUACUGAGAAGGUGUACAAGAAGGGAAAGCACACAAGGAACAAGUCUGGCUCUCGCACACCUCCGGACUCGCCUAGGGGAGACCGAACUGCUCGUGGAGGAAAGACUCAGCCGUCACCUAACGUCAAGGGCCACCGCAAACGCUACUCGCAGUUAGGCUUGGACUUGUCUAGUGCUGAGAGUGAGGAGGAAGGCGAGGAGGAGGGUGAGGAGGGACAGACCUACUUCGCCAACCAGGCUGCUUCCGACAUUAGUGGCAGUGCAAGAUCUAAUGAACCAUUCUUCACUAUCGAGAGAGAAACGAAACCCAGUCAACCAACAUCACCAGGUCCAAGGAGUACAAUUCAGUUCCCGGUCCAGUUUGAGGAGUUGGGGGGCGGCGGUCUGUCGCUGGUAUCUACUUUUGAACCCCAGCUUCCCCAGUCUGGAGAUCCCGCUGUUCUUCCUCCUACUCAUCCCCUCCUCCCCACCCCUGAUGUUGGUGCCUGGAGCCCCGCCUUUUCGGCCCCUCCCACCUCAGAGCCAGCGACAAACGAGGCCGGUAUUGAGAAGGCAAAGGAGCAGAAAGUUCCAGAAGCUGAGUGGAGAGUAUCAGUUGAACUGCGACUCAAGUGCCGUAAGCAGUUCAUGGACCUCCAUCCAAUACACGGGAGACUGCAGGGAGACCAGGCACGCUCUUUCUUUAUCCAGUCUCGUCUUCCAAACUCUGACUUGUCAGCCAUCUGGAGACUGGCGGACGUGGACAGAGACAAUGCCCUGUCAGAGGAGGAGUUCUGUGUAGCCAUGAAACUGGUUCUGCUGCGGAGGAAGGGCUACAGUCUCCCCACAACUGUCCCCCUGAGUCUGAAGGACAGUGCUACAUCUGAGCCUCGCAGGAAGUUAGGUUCUCUGCAGGCCAGCCACACAGUAGGGGAGCUGCCUUUCCCCAACCUCUCACAGCCAGGGGGCCUUCUGGUGGAAGUUGCUGAGAGUGAGCUUCAUGACUCCUCACUCACCAGCACUGCAGUGGAGAGAGGGGAGCCAGCUGUUGCUACCAUCAUCUCUCUCAAUGAUGACAAUGAAGGGCCCACAUCUGACAAGGACACUUCAACCCCCAGUGUCCGCAGAGCUCUGAGUCUGAAGCAAUUUUCCCCUCCUCCAGUGGAGACAGAUAGAGGCCACACCAGCCCACCUGCCUCUCCAUUCUCACCCCCUGCCUCCACAGAAACUGCUCCCAUCAUCUUCUUCCAAAACCCUAGUCCAAAGCACCCACAUCUUAGCAAGGCUGCUGCAGCUGUGUCAAAGUCUGGCUACCACAAGCUCUCAGGGGCUGGGGAAGAUGAGGAGGGAGAAGAGAGUAAAGAGCUGAAGCAACCAAUGAUCAGUAGGGAGAGGGGACAUGGCCGCUCCACCAGUCUAGAUCUGAACAAGAUGAUUCCUGGCUCCAGUGUCCUCAGUGACAUGCCGGCUGCUGAACCUCCCAGACCCCCUCCAAAGCCAGUGGCAGAAGACAGUGACUUGCCACCUCAGACACGUGGUCGCUCAGCCUCAACUGGCUCCAUAUCAUCCACUGGACCUUCUCUUCCACCACCCAGCAUUGACUCUUCCACUAAUGCUCUUCUUCUUCCCGGGACAGCUCGCCCUCCGCCUCCUGCCCACAAAGUUCCACUACUCCCUCCUGUUCCCAAGCCACGCAGACCUCCUCCUCCAAAGAGGGAGGCCAAGGAACCGCCUCCUGACGAAAGCUUGAGGUAUGAACCUUCACUAUUGGAUAUAGCCUCCAGGCUGAACUAUGAUUGAGGUUUUUAAUGACGUCAGGGAGAGAAAGAAAAUGACGUCUCACGGCCCAUAGAUUCUUCUUUUGUCCCACAUCUGUUUACAUCACACACAGGCCGAUCUGUCGGUCGACUGUUAUCUCUGAGUGUUCAAAUUCUUGCUGUCACUCUUGCAGCCUGUUACGAGACAAGUCUGAACUACAGACAACAAUUCGUUCCUUAAAAGACACAAACGCAACUCUCCAAGCCCUAAACAGAGAACUUGAGGAAAAAUUAUUUCGGCUGAUGGAAGAUCGAGUGCAGUUGGCAAGAGAAGUGGAACUGGCAAGACAAAUGCAGACUAGUUCUUAGCAACACCAUAACCACAUUAUGAAUUACAUCAUCACCUCAAUCACAAAUUCACAAUACACCUCAAAAUUUUUGUUUCAACUCUGGAUAAUUUCUGGUGAUGUUAGCGGCUCUCUAUAGGGAGCAUAAUAACCUGUUUGCUGUGGCUUCCAGUUUGGGUCGAAGUUCUUCCUAAGGCCUUGCCAGCACCUGUAGUAACUGCCAUCCAGCUUGGAGCAGCCGUUCUGCCCCCACUGAGUCACUGCCAUGCUGAAUGAGCUCUCAAACAUGAAUGCCAUCGUCCCCUCCAACUUGGUUGGACGCAACUCCACACAACUCGCCUUCUCAAAGGCCUCCUGGUCUGGACCAUGAGGAGUCAUCAUGCUGUGCAGACUGGCACCUCCAGGAGCAAACCCCUCCUCCUUGGCCUGGUAGCGCCCAUACAGUAGACCCAUGAACUCACUCAUACAGUUGCCUGCAAGCACAAAAUAUCACAUCAGCUCCUGCAGACUAUCAAACAACUUACGGUGGUACCAAGGGGGUCGGAACGUGUGCUCCUGGACGCUCCACUGAGGAGGGAAGAUGACAAAAUCAGCCACUGCCACACCAGGGGUGUUGCUGGGGCACGUGAGGAC